AUGUCGCCCCCCUCCCCCGGGCGCUGGCUGCCAGGCGGCAGCGUCGCCGAGGCGCCCCUGAGGAGCGUGUGCACGGAGGGCGAAGCCACGCAGCUAGUGGCUGACCUACGCGAUAUGCAGCUAGCCGGUCGCCUGCCGAUUGCUCUUGCCACCGUGCACGACGCGGCAAAGAAGGCUCGACGCGACUUGGCAGACAAGGCUCGGCGCGACACAGCGGAGAAGAAGCCGGCAUUCCUGUCGCCGCGCCGGAUGGCUCUGAAUGCUGCUCAGAGGCGGGCGGACGCCGCGAAAGACAAGGCAGCCAAGAAGACGAGUGCACCGGCUCCGUCCCGCUCCCCAACGGCCUUCUUUCGGAAGCGCGCGACGAUGCAGGUCAACUGCAUGGACCCGCGCGUGUGGAACUGA